AAAAUGGCCGCUCUCUCCGCCGGUGGUUGCUAGGCGGCCAUUUUGUGGAGCGGUGUAGUUCGAGUUCCGCGGGACCGGGCACCGAAGGCCACCGGGAAAUCCAGGAAAAAGCGGCUGAACCCUCCCGUGCGGACCCCAACUCAAUCCGUUCCUGCCCCGCCCCCUCUCUCUUGCGAUUGGCUGCUGCUGCGACUGCCCGACCAAUCAAAGACCAGGCAACAAGAACCCCCUUCGUAGUUCUGUCCAAUCGCCGCCGGACUUCUGCCGUCAAUCAAUCCGCUCAGGCCAAUCGGCCAAAGAAGGCCGCUUGCCCAGCCCCUUCCAGGAGAGAUGGUGGAAGUGGAGAUCUCGGCCAGGGCCUACGUGAAAAUGCAGCUGCACGCGGCCAAGUUCCCGUCCCGGGCAGUGAAUGGGCUGCUUCUGGCUGAGAGGGCCCCGGAGGUGGGGAGGGGCCAGUGUCUGGUGCUGACGGACUGCGUGCCCCUCUUCCACAACAGCCUCGCCCUCACCGUCAUGCUGGAGGUGGCCCUCAAUCAGGUAGACCUCUGGAGUGCCGCCAACAACCAGGUGAUCGCCGGCUACUACCAGGCCAAUGACCAGCUGCGGGACAGGAGUCCCAACCUGGUCGCAAUGAAGAUUGGGGACCGUAUAGCUGAACACCUGGGAGGAGCCGUGCUGAUCACGCUGGACAACACUAAGCUGUCGGGCGAGUACAGUGGGCCAGCCGUUGUCGUGUAUGAGCGCCAGGACAACAAGUGGACGCCCAAAGACAAGAACUUGGUGAUGUGGCAGGACUGGGUGGUGACGCGCUCGGUGCUGAGAGAGCUGAUGACAGCCCGGGCCUAUGGCGGGCUGGUGGACUUCGAUGACCACCUGGAUGAUAUCCGCCGGGACUGGACCAACGCACCCAUCAACGACAAGGUGGAGGCACUGGCUGCUCCCUCCAACCACGCCGUAUGACCUACGGGUGGGGGCUGGGCAGGAACCGCGCCCCUCAUUCGCCCCUCCCCUGCUGAGGUAGAGAUUCUGGGGGAGGGGGCAGGUGAGAGACGGGGUCUCUGUAACAGCCAAGAAUAAACAAAAUCACUCAGAA